AUGAAGAAGGAACUUUGGUUUCCAAGCAGCGACAUGCUACAUGAAGUACUACCGAAAUUGUCUACUAAGGACUUGUUGAAAGUGAAAUGCGUGUCAAAGGGAUGGCAAGGUCUUAUAUCGGACCGCAGUUUCAUCAAAGUUCAGUUGAAAAAGAUGGAACCUCUCACAGGUUUCUUCUACCAGGGUAGGUACCAGUGGUGUGAUGAAGAUUAUGACUGUGUUGGCUUCAUACCUAUAGAACGAGUUACCACUGAAGUCCAUAUUAAUGUUCUUGAUUUUCUCCCGGAAAGUAUUGUCAUCCUAGAUUCAAGUCAUGGGCUUAUCUGUUGUCGAAGUAGCUUUCCUUGUCAUGUUCCUGCAAUCUACAUCUGCAAUCCUGUGAAUAAGGAGUGGAGAAAACUUCAGUGGCCAAAUCCUUCCAGAGAAAGCUGCAUAACCUUGGUGUUUGAUCCAUUCAAGAACCCGAUUGAUUCAUUCACAAAUUUUAAGGUUGUGAUAGCUAGCCAAAAUGAAACUAGCACAGAAGGAGAUGGAUAUUUCUCUUUUGACAUUUAUUCAUCAGCAACAGGAGAAUGGAGAAGUUCUGGAGAAAUUUGUCUUUGCAAUCACAAUGUGCUGAAAAAGGGAUGUGUCUGUGUACAGGGGAUUCUAUAUUGGCUUACUGAUGGGGACCAAAUCCUUAUGUUCGAUCCACAAAAUGAGAUAUCUUGGUUGAUAAUGGUACCACUCCCCACCAGCCAGUUCAAUUUAACACCUGAGAUGUGCAUGGGAGAAGCUGAAGGGAAGCUAACUUAUGUGUUGAUUUCUGAGCAUGGACUUCAGUUGUGGGUGCUAAAGGAUCACUUUACUUCUCAGUGGGAUCUGACUUUUACAAUCUCUUUGGAAUUGCUGGAAAAAGAAAACUAUCUGUUAAAGGUAGCUGAAAACUUGGCUAGUAACUGUAAUUCCGGUAUUCCUUGGAUCGGGACUCUGGCUUUCAAGGAUAACACCUUGCUUAUGAGGGUUGCAGCUGAUAUCUACGUGUAUCAGUUUGAGACAAGGAAGAUGAGACAUCUCUGCAGCCUUUCUGCUCUUGCGCCAAAGCCUUUUUUUUCUGCUACUGUGGUUCCUUAUACUAUGAGCUUAGUUCCACUUUCUUAG